UCAUAGCAAGAUCGUAUUUCCUCUCCCUUCACUUCUCCUUUUACACAAAUAGCCCCAGACAUCUGCAUUCUGGUCUUGUUGUGUUACCAUCAAGAUAAUCACCAAAUUCUGCCUGAAGAAUUGAGGGACAGUAUCUACAAAAGAUCACGAAUAUCCAAGCAUGAGUAUGAGUACCUUAAAAUUACUGAAGUAUAUCCUGUUUGUGUUCAAUUUGCUUUUUUGGGUUUCUGGCUGUUGCAUUUUGGGCUUUGGGAUCUACUUCCUGGUCCACAACAACUUUGGAGUGCUCUUCCAUAAACUCCCCUUCCUCACACUGGGCAAUGUACUGGUCAUCGUGGGUUCCAUUAUCAUGGUGGUUGCCUUCCUGGGCUGCAUGGGCUCCAUCAAGGAGAAUAAGUGCCUGCUGAUGUCGUUUUUUAUUCUGCUACUGAUUAUCCUCCUUGCUGAGGUGACCUUGGCCAUCCUACUCUUCGUGUAUGAACAAAAGCUGAAUAAAUAUGUGUCCGAGGGGCUGAAUGACAGCAUCCAACGUUACCACUCAGACAACAGCACCAAGGCAGCAUGGGACUUCAUCCAGACAUUUCUGAAUUGUUGUGGUGUAAAUGGCACUAGUGAUUGGACCAGUGGCCCACCAGAAUCUUGUCCCUCCAAGCCAGAAGUUGAAGGCUGCUAUAUGAAAGUACAAGAGUGGUUUUACUCCAAUUUCUUGUAUAUUGGAAUCAUUACCAUCUGUGUUUGUGUGAUUCAGGUGCUGGGGAUGUCCUUUGCACUCACUCUCAACUGUCAGAUUGAUAAAACUAGCCAGGCUCUAGGUCUGUGAUCUGCCUUGUGCUGGAGAGACUUGUUUUAUCUUUUGAAAUCCAAAUCAUUUACAGCAUGAAGCCCCAAAUGAUCAUCAGCUUGACUGGCAUCUUUUGUCUUCCUCUCAUCUCUCCCCUGUUUGGUUCCUGGCUAUGUAACCAAAGAAGAGUGUGUCAAGCAGGCACUCCCAUCUCAGGCAGCAAUGAUGACCAUUUGGCAGCAGCCAUGUCUCUCAAGGUGUUUAAAGGCCAGCAGAAGCUGUGACACUGCUGGCUUGAGAUUACAAAAAGGAGAGAGCACUCCAGGUUUCGAAUGUUUGUAUCAUUUUGUUGUCAAAUUCGUCUUCAGCCACUGAAUCAUGACCAGACAGCUCUACAAAGUCACACAAGAGAUGAGCUGAAAGGAGUUCGGGGGCUAGAUUCACUCUGAUUCCUUUGACUCUGGAGCCUUGGCUAUAGGAAUAACAGAGUGCUCUUUCUUUAGAAGGGAAGGUAUCAUUUUAAUUCUCUUAUUAAGAAUGCCUAAUUGACUUAUUCUAAACCUUCCCAGUCAUUGUUACCUUGACUUCAUAUCCAGUCUCAGUCUGAGUUACAUAGCUGGGAAGAACCCAGAAGCAAUAGAAUAUUUGGUGGAUCACUUGACUGAAGAGUUUGGGUGUUAUUGCUCUAUUAUAUAAAGUUUUUAAUGUCUUUUAAUUUUUUCAUUAAAUAAAAUAGCUUAUGAACUCAA